AUGCGACAGUGGUGUGUCCCUGCUGCGACCCCACGCGCCGAACCCCUCCCGGGGCGCCUCUCCUUGUCCCCCCCUCCAUCAGAUCCGAGGAUGGAGUGUUGUGAAGGGGAGCCGCGCUACACCAUCGAGCAGAUCGACCUCCUGCAGCGGCUGCGGCUCUCUGGGAUGACCAAACCCCAGAUCCUCCACGCCCUGGAGUCCCUGGACCGGCUGGACCCGGAGCACCGGCCCACUCACUGCGACUCCCAGCCCGCCCCGUCCAACACCGCCCCGGCCCCGGCCGCCCCGGCCCCCUCCUCCUCCUCCUCCUCCUCCUCCUCCUCGCUGUCCCUGGCCUCCGCCACCACGCAGACCUCCGGCCUGGACGGCGCCGCGCUGUCGCCCAGCAACAGCUUCGAGGCCUCGCCCCCGCCCCUCUACCCCCCGAGCGUGGCGGUCCAGCGGUCCUUCAGCUACGACAUGAUGGCGGAGGAGGACUGGGACCUGGAGGAGAAGGUGGAGGAGUACAUGAGGAGAGACAGCAACCUGGUUAAGGAGGAGAUCAAAACUUUCCUCAACAACCGCAGGAUCUCUCAGGCAAUCGUAGGCCAGAGCUGGAGCGCGGCGGCCCUGGACAGCGCGCUGGCUGCCGGGGCGCCGUGGGCAGGAACGGGCGCCGUAACAGCGUGUGGCCUCCUGUGCGCAGGCAUCAGCCAGAGCUACAUCUCCCAGUGGCUGCUGCAGCAGGGGCUGGAGAUGAGCGACUCCAAACGCAGAGCCUUCUACCGCUGGUACCUGCUGGAGAGGAACAACCCAGGGCUGAGGUGGAGUGAAAGCCAGCACAGCGUGAGUCCCCCGGCCAGGGCCAGGGGAGGGGACAGAGACGGGCCGGUAGCGGGGGCCAGUGGCAGCUUCCCUUACCCAAACACCAGCCUGACCCCCCACCCGUCCUGGAGCAGGCAGAGAGAGCUGCUGAUGCACUUGCUGCCGUGGUACACGGCGGCCGCCGCAGCCGCCCAGGCCCAGCCAGGCGCCACCUUAUCCAUGCGUUCCCUGGUGAAGGAGGAGCCGGACUGGAGGACGGGGAUCAUGGCUGCCGACAGGGUGGGGAUAGUGGGCGGCCCCCUGAGGCUGCGCAGAGGGAGCAGGUUCACCUGGAGGAAGGAGUGCCAGUCCAUCAUGGAGAGUUUCUUUAUGGAAAAUCAGUACCCAGAUGAGGCCAAGCGGGAGGAGAUCGCAAACGCCUGCAACUCUGUCAUCCAGAAGCCAGGAUGCAAACUGUCCGAGUUUGAGCGCGUCACAGCUCUAAAGGUGUACAACUGGUUUGCAAACCGCCGGAAGGAGAUGAAGCGCAGGGCGAAUAUAGAAGCUGCCAUUCUGGAGAGCCACGGGAUCGAGGUGCAGAGUCCCAGCUGCCACUCAAACGGCGAGGACGGGGAGAUGCAGGAGUUUGCAGAUCAGGUGAAUCAUCGAUUCUCAGAGCCGGAGGACGCCUCCUCCCAGAGGGCCGUGGAGCAGCAGGAUUCCUCCUCACUGGCCCCCCCGGAGGCCACAGCCCCGCCCAGCCCCAGCCCUCAGGCCGCCCAGCAGAAGGAGGAGGACAGAAGGGAGCCCGUGGACGAGGAGUGA